AAUAUCACGGCGUCCCGGUCGAACGUUUUCCCAGAAAACAGUAUUAUAAUAUUCGGUCGGUCCAUGUUGCAAGGCGGACGCGCAAGACUGACGGCGAUCAUCGUCGUUGGCCUUUGCUCAAGUCUACGUACCAAUAAGCGACGAUGACCACGAUAAUAAUAACGACGAUGCUUGCACGUGCCUAACGUUUCCGUCGCUCACUCGCGAUUCACAAGUGUUCGCCGCCGUUUGGCCACCAGCCAUUUCGCCGUGAGAUCCGACCCGAUCGGAUUCAAGAGGAACUGCAACCGCCGCCGUCGUCUUAUAUUAUUAUUAGCCAUUAUGUAAUAUUGUUCGAAACUUGGCACGGAUACCGGCAUAGCUGCUGCCGUCGAGCGGUGGUAAACUUCCGAAGCGCUAAAUUUAGAACAGUAGUCGACUGAAGAGCCGCACCGACUCGUUCGCCGCUCGCCGCUUCGGAAAUUCAAUACAAUCGCUGCCGUCUCCUAGUGUGUGCAUCCGGCCGUGCGUCAGAAUAUUCAUAAUACGUUGCAGGUACACAAUUAUUUUCCGUUCGUUUUUGUAUAUUCAUCGCUUCGAAAAAUGAGCGACGAAGUGCUGGACUCUGUCAAGAAAUGCGUGAGCGUCAUAAAUGGCGCGAAGACAGACACCGAAAAAUUCGCCGCCCUGUUUAUGGUAACCAAGACUGUGAAAGCCGAGAAAUGCAAUCCUCGCUCCAAGCUUGCCCUGUUCGAAGCCAUCGAGUUCAAAUUCAUCAAGCGUUUGUUGCUCAGCGAUGAAGUACCGGCUGGCUGUCCACCAUUUGUCUACAAGUCUGUGGCGAUGAGCAUACUCACAGCGUUGUGUAAUGUUGAAGAGGUUGCCACACAUCAAGAGAUAUUACAGAACGUUGACUUGUUCCUAGGCAUUGUGCUCGGCGAAGAUGAUGAAGACGAAGAUGAAGUGGACGAAGACAACCUCAUGCUGGUCAAUGAAGCUUACAAGUGCUUAAAUUUUAUUGCAACGUUUGAACAGGGCUUAAAAGCCCUGUUUGAUGUCGACACAGUAGGAAAAAUGUGUAAAGUUUAUUCACAAAAAAGCUUUCAGACAGAUGAAGCAUUGUCAUUGCUUGUGACUAUCGUUGAAAAGUUUGGUCCACCUUCCUGGGAAGGCAAUGUCCAAAACUUUAACACGCUGAUGAACAUCUUAGCAGUAGAUUUUGAAACUGACCACAGUGAACGAAAAUUCAAAUUAUGUUCAAUACUCUCGCCUUUAUUAAGCAGUUGCCCAGAAGAUAUUGUAUUAAACACUCAAGAUAUUUCAUUAUUUAUUUGGCCUUCCAAAUUAUACACUGGGCUGAAAGACAUAUUGACUAGUAAGCUUGUUAAAGCACAACGAGAUCCAGCCAUCAAGUUAGCAUCUCAAUUGCUCACAAUAUUUGGUGCUGAAUGGGCUCUACAAGAUGUAGAAAAACCUAAAGUAUUUUUCUUGAUGUUAAUACAUUUGGCUUCAAUUGAAAUACGUAUGCAUUUAGAAGAUAAAAAAUUUGAACAGGUAUUGGCUGCAGAAAAUUUACUUAGUUCAUGUUUCACAAUUCUAGAUGUAUCAAUUGCUUAUAUAUCAACAGACACUUUAGAUCUAGAAGAAAAAGAAAAACAGCAUACAUAUACAGCACUUAAAGGAGCAUUUACUGCAGUAUUAAACAUUUUAAAAACAUUGUCUGUAUCUAAGAAACCCUUAGAAAUCAAAGAGAAAUGUUUUGUAUGUUUGAUGCUCAUGACACUUUCUGCGUGGUUAACGUUAGAAACAUCUGCAAUGAAACCAGCCGUAAACAAUAUUUUGCCAUUUGCUUUACAGAUUGCCAAUGAAUCAUUCUUUGCGUAUCGUGCACGAUAUGUAUCUGAAAACGUCAAAUCUGAAAAUAAACCAAUAACAAAUGAUCCUUUGAGUUCCGUAGAUGUAUUAAGAGCAUUUUUACCCGCUUUAUGCCAUAUAACAGUGGAUGACAAAGGUCGUGCUUUAUUGUUAAAAAUUAAACAAGAAGAGGUAUUACAAGAAUGUUUGGCUUUUCAUUGGUCAAUUGCGCAUUAUAAAAAACCAUUGAUACCAAAAUCUGAAAGAGGUAAACCCAGAGGACCAGAACCUGAAAUUCCAGCUGAGCGUCUCAAAAAAAUGGCUGACUCUAGAGGGGCAAUUAUUAGUAUAUGUAAUACAUUUAUGAAUAUUUGUGUACUAGAAGUAGAUUAUGUGAAAAAUAGUCCAUUGUUUUUUACCCUCAUGAAAUUUGUGUUUGAUAAUCUACCUGAAUUAAAAAACAAUCAUGAAAACCUUGUUGUGUAUGGCAACAUGGCUGUUUUAGGUUUAUUGCUUCUAAAAUUAAAGACUGCAUACAUUAAGAAAAAUGACUUCUCUAUUUGCCGUUAUAUACAGUCGACCAUUCGAUUUUUGUGGGAUGCGUACACAGUUGAUGAAAAUAGCAGCAAUUCAAGAUUUGCAUUAGGUCAGUUGGUUGUGACUAUGACUUAUAAAGAAUCGUGGAUGGAGUUGCAAGAGUUAUGGUUUUUGGGCAUGCAAAAUCUUAGUGGCAUCUUAACUCUUGUUCCGUGGAUAUCAGAAUUUGCAAUUGAAAGUGGUUGGGCAGAAGGCAUCAUAGAUAUGUUGGUGAAAAUUAAGCCGGGCUCACUCCCAACCAAUGUAAAAUAUGCUUAUGAAGAUUUACUAUGUCGACUUAUUGAUGCAAACAGUGAUCUGGUAGCCACGCUCAAGAAAAAAGACGCUAUCACAGCUUGCCGGGGUCAUAAAUUUAUGGAAUUAGGUAAAAAAUUAUUUGGAGAAUAAUUAUAUUAUAAGACCAUUUGUAUUUUAUUUUCUUUAGCAUUUAUACUAUUAAACAUUUUCAUUUUAAUAUACACGAAAAAGUAAAAAAAAAAAAACAAUUAUAUAUUGUAGUACUUGAAUCAAAAAGCAUAUUCAAUUAAGGACUAAUAUUAUUAAUAAGGAUAAAUAUUUAAAAAUAUAUUAUUAAUUUUAUGAAAUUAUGAAACGGUAAUCAUUUUUUAUUUGUGUGUCUAUUAAAUUAUGGCCUAUGUAUUGCUUCUAACAGAGAGUAAUCUUAAAUUAACUAUUAUUCCAGGU